GUCCAACAAAGCUUUGGACCCUUUCCUCUCUUUCCAACCUCCCACCAGCUUUGGAUCGAAUGCAUUGAACACCGGGACAUCUCUCCGAGCUUAAACAUUUUAUUCGUCCCGCGGUAUCGACAUCACAUCAGGAUUCGACAUGGACAAGGUGAUGAGAUUGGCCUCGGAGAGGGGAGUGGUUCUGUUCAGCAAGAGCUCAUGUUGCUUGUGUUAUGCAGUCAAGAUUCUGUUCCAAGAGCUAGGGGUGACCCCAACCAUUCAUGAGAUCGACCAAGACCCCGAAGGCCGGGAAAUGGAGAGAGCCCUCAUGAGGUUGGGGUGCAACACGCCGGUUCCGGCAGUGUUCAUCGAGGGAAAGCUGGUGGGAUCAACCAAUGAAGUCAUGUCCCUCCACCUGGGUGGAGGACUGAUCCCUUUGGUGAAACCGUAUCAGACGUUGUGUUGAACUGAAAUUAAAAUUAAUAUGCUACUUCAAAUUAUCACAUUGAAAGAAAUAAAUUGGCUCAAAACCAGUAGUUAAACUAGUGAGCUGUACGUAUUGUGUAGCUUUCUCUCUGUGUUAAUCUCUUACGUGUGAUCUUCAAUAGCUUUACUUCAUUUCAAUGUAAUCUGUUUCUGUUUCUUAAUGAAGUUUACUUUGUGUA